UAUAUAAUCUUCAAACCCAUUGUCUGUUUCCUACCCUCACAUAUUCAUCAAGGGCGUUGUACGUUCAAUGCUCAUCUAACCCCGAAUGCCCACGAUUGUUAUUAUUACUAUGACUACAAACAAUUGACCCAUCAUCGAUAUUUAAGCCGAGGUCGUUUGAGAAAAUACACUAAAGUCCGGACUGGUAUCUCAUCUGGAACUUAUCCAGACCUUUUAUUCAAACUCCCAAAUGACUUCUGGCAAGAUGCCUCUCAUUCUAGAGAACCCCAUGGGUGGAGACGCAAUGCAAGUUGAUUUAGAAGACGUCGAUGACCUAUUCGGCGAUGCGGCGGCCCUUUCCCUGCCACCGCGGCCAGCCAGUAAACGAUUGCGGCAAAGAUUAGACGAUCUCCGUCAGCGAGGUUGCUGCCAGGGAAUUUCAUGGUCCAAGUCGGGCACUAUUGCCUCCAUUUCACCUAAUGGACAAUCGUUACAAGUACGAUUCAUUCAAGCCAAUGAGAAGGACGCCACCUUUGCCCUGAGUGAACCUACUACCCUUUCACCUUGGGCAAACCUUCCAGGAGGUCCCGUCGUUCAUAUUUGUUGGGGACCCGUCAAUUCGGAGCUCGCAGUUAUAGAUGCUGUGGGGAGGGUUACCAUACUCAAUUUCAGCGGGAACCUGAAUCGUCCAACGCUAUCUCGGAGGUGGGAGGGCGAUUCUAUUGAUGAUGCGCAAGCUAUCGUUGGCACUUACUGGCUACCGAAUUUGCCAACCGCAAAGCCGAGGGCACCCCCGUAUUCGCCGUCUUAUGCACCAGCCGUUAGAAAUGGCAAUGGAAACAAUUACCACUUCCAGAUGUCCCCUUUCCUCAACACCGGUCCAUGGCACCCUCACCCCAGCAAAUCUGCACUAAUAUCUAUCACUACAUCUGGCAUAUUCAAAAUGUUCUGGCCUCAGAAUAAUAACAAGUUCGAGGAGACGACUCUAGAACUCGAGAAUGUCACAACUGCAGAUGAUCUCAUAACCCACGCCGCAGUCUGUUCAGACAAGACGAAUACUCUCAUGAUCGGUAUGGCAACUGCUUCGAAGCAGUUACGUAUUGUCCAAGUUAUCAUCAACUGGAACGUUCCUAAGAACGACGGCACCCAGAAUAUCCCCCCUGGAAGUCAGAUGCUGAAUCCAACGCUCCUGAAAAGGCAUUUCGCAAUUACCAGCUGGUUCCAGCCGGGAUCUAAUGAUUCGCACCUUGAUUCGUCUAUAUCGAAGAUUACUCACGUUGAAAUGCUACCCCCCAUACAUAACGGAUCAACUAAGGACUGGUCGCCAGCAAUUGUGCUGACAGUACGAUCAAUCAUACCAGAACAGAAUUCCCCUUACGAACAAGAAGUCCAAAGCAUCAUUGACCGUUGGGAACUCCUGACAGAUCAGCAACAAUCACUUCAUUCUGCGUUUGAGCAGCUAGGGGCUAGGAGAAAUAGCGUCGGGUCUACGCCACCGAACGGUAGCAGACUAAAGAAGCUAGACUCUGUCGUAGUUCAUAAGAUCGUGAUAGGGGUCAGUCUAAUUAGUUUCGGGAAGGUUCUGUGUAUCGGUUACAACGACGGCAGUGUGGAACAUCGAGACCGGUUUACCAUGGCCGAGUUGUAUCGCGAACCUAACCUAGAUCGCAUCAACUCUAUCUUCGACGUUGGUUUCUCUCAAAGCGGAGAACCGUCAUGUCUGCAAAUGGCCCUUUCCCCAACCAAUUUCUCUUUGGUUCAAUUAUGCGAAGAUGGCCAAGUAAAAUGGAACCCCGUCAACUAUACUCUGGGUGACAUAGAGUCUAUAACCGACAGUCAAGUUCCCGCCCUAGUUGCCAGCUUCACAAUAGCAACGGCUCAGGCUGCCACUGCUAGCACGAACAUUGAUGACAUUCUAGCAGUUGCUAGGAAGUUCGCCAGCAAAGAUACUUUUGCAAUCGAUUGGGUAAAAGCUAUGGUCCAGAUGAUGAAAUUCACCGUCGAUUAUACAGAAGACGCCCCUCAUGAUCAUCUAAUCAAGAAUGGAAUCUUGCAGAUAUUUCUUAGCAUCAGCAACUAUCUCGGAUGGAGAGGCAAUUAUCAACCUCGACAACCCUGGGGAAAGUUGGCCAUGAUAGCCCUGAACCUCCGCAAUAUAGUCAUCAUGAUUACCCUAUCAAGCAAUCAUAUAAAUAUUAACAAGAACUCUAUGAACCCCCUCGAUGAGCCUGAUGUCGUUAACGCUUUGGCCGGCUGCGUCAAGUGGGCUACCGACUUACUUUGCUGGCUGUGCGACUCACUGUUCUGUCUCUUUGACGAUGCCAAGUUCAUGAGUCUGCUAAAGCAUACUCAAUCGGCGCCUAUGAUGGCGUACUUACAGUCGCAAAAUGAGAUCGCUUUGCAUCUAGUUCUAUGUUCGGCGACACGCGGUCUACUUUCUGCUGUGUGUCGCCGUAUAACGCUUCUCGAUACGUUUUCCACGAAAGCCAUUAGUUGGUACGAAACUCGCGAAAAGUCUAACGCAAGCAAUCCUAACGCGGCUUCUGACCCUCGUGCUACCGCCCACGCGGCUUUAUACAACGCGUAUCAGAGGAUACGUCAGUAUACAUCUUCUUCACUCAUCAAGGCUGAUGAAUUCGAUAAACUCCUCAAUGGUCUAGGCGCUGAUAUACGAUCGGCUUACAAUACCGCGCUUGCGGUUCUCGGGGAGCAACCUAGGGCUAAUAACCAAUCGACACAGGGCCAUAACCCGAAUGCGCCUAAAUCCGAUGCGUCUCAAGAGGCCAUUGCUCGUGGACGUCAGCACUGUGAGCUCAGCAUGCUCCUGCUGCAAGCGCCUCCGCCAUUCUUUGUCUCCGUUGUAGACAAGUUUUUCAACAAGGAGCUGAAGGAGUUUCGGGCACGUUCCGACGUCGCAAAGCUGUAUUUCGCCGAUUACUCAAUCCUCGAGAUCAACGAUGGACCGCGUUCGCUAGAAAGAAGGAGGAGCAAGGGUACCCGGGUGGAUCUCUUCAAGAGAGUAGAGAUCUCAAGGAAGACAAGUCGUGCUCCUGGGAGCAACAAAAAUCAGAUUGCCUGGAGGGUAUGCGCGCGUUGUGCGAGCGUGAUGGAGGAUUUCCCCAUAACGAGCACUAAACCGGGUCUCUCCUUCUUGCUUCGCCAACAGUACCUCUGUUGCUGCGGUGGCCGAAUGGCUAUCUUGCCGCCAGAAGGGACUAAGCAUAAUUAGGAAUGCCGAGUACUACGGGCACAAUGCUGACGCAUUUAUCGUACAGUUUUCGUUGGCUUUUCUUUAGGGGACUGGGCAUACUUCUGGUUUACUGUCUAAAAAAUCAGUAUUGACCACUCGCAAGUGCGAUUGGAAACUUGAUUUUUCAUGUUGAUAAGCAGGGCGUCCAAUUCAAGGCU